AUGAACCUGGGUCCAUGGAUUUCCCAUGGAGCAUCCGAGUGGAGCUGUGGUGGUGGCAAAGCUGACCCACAGCUGACCAGUUAUCUCGAGUGCCCACCACGUCAAAUUGGUCCUAGGAACAACGGGGACGGCGACCAGCAAGGGGCAGGCACAGCUGUGGACGAGGCCGUUCAUCGAUCGACACCGAGGGGGGUUGUUGGGGUUGUUCGUCGCGCUCUGUGCUGCCUGUUCUCCAAUGCCGGCAUUCGUCGCCGUUCAUCUUUCCGUGUUAUCCAUCAUUUAUAA